AUGGCUGAUGAAAAGAGACUGGAGGAUUUGAGAUCCAAAAUAAUGGAGUCUAUAGGAAAAUCAGAAAAGGAUGUUGUGCCGAUUGAGAACAAAAGAUUCAACACGGAUAAUGCAGUUAUAGAUACACAUUUUAAGAGGCAAAAAAGUGACGGUGAGCUUCCGAAAGCGCCAAAAAGUAGAAACGUUUCACAUUCUAAUAACAGAGGACCAUCGUCAAUAAUUACUAUGAGCACGAAUCGAACGACUUAUGAACAAACAAGGGCAGGUCCUCAUCGUCAAAGUUAUCGGGAUGCAUCGGGAAGAUCAUAUAACAGGGAGAAUCGGUAUAGUAGUCACAAUACUGGGCCCCAAUGGAACAACAAUCCCUAUAAUAGGCAACGGGAUGAAAGAAGAGGAAGAAAUGAAAGGUUCGAUAGAAGGGGAAGAAAUGGAAACGGAAACUACGAUCGUUUCAAUUACCAAAGGAAGAACGAAGGUUCUAAAUUCAAUGGCGACCGUGAUAAAAGGCAGUUGCAAACUAAUAAAUAUGACAUGAACUAUAAUUCCCAAAAUGUAAUGUACCCGGGUUCAUCAUUCGAUUCUCCGGCUUACUACAACAUGGCCUCAUCCAAGGCAAAUUCAAGGCUUGUAAUUUCGGGCUUGUCUCAAAGCAGCGACCCCAGCAUUGUAGCAAGAUUGAAAGAUUUGCUGGAAAAUUUUAUUUCAGGUCUCCAGAAAACUGAGAGUAAUGCGGAGGACUUUAAAAUUUCCAACUUUUAUAUUGGUGAAGGAAGGCCGGACCAUAUUAUUGUUGAGUUUAGUUCUCAGAUCUGUAGCACUAUGGUUUUGGCCUGUCGAUCAUUCUUUAAUGCGAAGCUUGGUACUUUCGACUUAAAAUGGAGAAGACCUAAUGAUUAUGUUCAACAACUUGAUCAUCUGGUCGAUUUUUGCAGGGGUACGGUAAUUGCAUUGGAAAAUUUGGAAAAUAUAGGCGAGGGUGAAGAUUAUAGAAUGAAAGAGCUUUUUUCGUCAUUGAAUGUAACAAACGGUACCGCUAAGCCACUUUUUUACAAAUGUUCGUCCAAUACAAACAACACUGGCAAAGAAUCCGAAUUCACUAAAUGUAUUCUAUUAUCGUUUGAAGUCGUCACUCAGGAUAUUCUUGAUAAAUUAAAACCAUACAAAUGGUUCAAGCCAAAUGAUGGAAAGAUAUCACAAGUUACUUCAUGGAUUACGUUUCAAAGCCUGCCAAAUCUGGUUACCCAAUCUGUUCGUGUUGAAUCGAGAGUUUUGUUGCUCUUAAAUUGUCUUGAUCCAUUGGAUUUGAAAGAUGAAACCUUUAUCACAGAAAUUAAAGAAACAUUAAAGUAUAGUAUCGCGGGAGCAGAUACGAUUAAAAUAUGCCAACCCGGCGUCGAUUACAGACUUAAUUUUGAAAACUUGGCUUCCGGAGCCGGUAAUAUUUAUAUCAAGUUCAAGACCUUGGAGGCAGCAAAACACGCAAUGGAAGAAUUGCCGGGUACGCAAUUCAACGAUCGCACUGUUCUGUGUACUUAUAUAGAUGAGGACGACUUUGACAUGAUGGAAGCAACCCAACUUUCCUAA